GGUAGUCAGAUGCUCCGGGUUUAGCAUCCAAGGGAAGUAAUGAGGUUUCAUUUUGGGAUUGGGAUGAGUGUUUUCGCUACCCUGGUGGUAGCGAUUUGUGCAUCGCCGGUUUCGUCGGAGGGAACGAUAACGUUGGUCGGAGGUGAGGUUAGGAAGGGGAAUGGGGAGGGGAUGACUUCGUAUGGACCGCGGGGGAGGAGUAUUGGAGGGGUUGAAGGGAGGCCUUUGGAUGGGGUGGAUGGUGAAAGGGGAGAGGAAAGGAAGGUGAAAGCUAAAAGAAGGGAAGAAAAACCGCAUGUGGUACAUGAAAAAAGAUCCUCCCCGCCUCACAAAUGGAAAAGAUCCGCUCGUCUCCAUCCUCAAGCCGUUUUCCCCGUCCGCAUAGGUCUCACGCAACAGAACCUCCACCGCGCCGAGGAAUUCUUAAAUCAAGUCUCGCAUCCCGAAUCCCCGCUCUACGGUCAACAUUGGAGCGCGUCCAAAAUCGCAGAUAUGUUUGCUCCGUCCCAGGAAACAGUGGAUGUUGUGCGGGCGUGGCUACAUGACUCGGGGAUUGCACCGGAGAGGGUGAGGGUUAGUAAAGGGGGGGCGUGGAUUAGUUUUAAUGCGACGACGGAGGAGGCGGAGGGCUUGUUGAGGACGAGGUAUUUUGUGUGGGAACAUGAGGAGGGUGCCAGGCAUGUUGCGUGUGGAGAGUAUAGUGUGCCAAGUGGGGUGAGCGCGCAUGUGGAUUUUGUGACGCCUGGAGUAGGGUUUGAUGGGAGGGUUGGGGGAGGAGGCGGGAGGAGUCAGGUGAAGCAGGAGAGGGAUUUGCCGGAGCCGUUGAAAGUGUUGAAUAGGAGGGCGGAGGAGGUAAGGAGGAGAAAGAGAGAUGGGAUGGGUGUUGGGAGUACGAACCCCGUGGGAAAAAUGGGAAGUCCCGAAGAUGCGUCGAAUCCCAAACAAGGUGCCGAUGUCAAGAAUGCUCUCAUGACGCUCGAAAAUUGCGAUACCAUGAUCACGACUGCGUGUCUUCAAGCCCUUUACAAUUUCCCUCCGGGUUCGAAAUCCGCGACCAAUAAUACCAUGGGUGUGGUCGAGUAUACCCCGCAGGCUUUUCUCCAGACAGAUUUAAAUAUGUGGUUCGAACAAUUCUCGCCCAAUCAAGCGAAUAAAGUACCAAUUGUCGAUCUAAUCGACGGAGCCGUCGUACAACAAACCAACCAAUCAUUCGCCUUCAACGGAGAAAGCGCCCUCGAUCUCGAAUUCGCCAUGGCGCUCAUCAACCCACAACAAGUCACCGUCUUCCAAGUCGGCGAUCUGGUCGAGGGAGGAAGCUUCAACAAUUUCCUCGAAGCAAUCGACGCCUCCUACUGCACGGCCGACGGCGGCGACUCCAAAGAUCCCAACGUCGACGGCCAAUAUCCGGAUCCCAAACCCGGCGGCUUUCCCGGCGAACUCCAAUGCGGACGCUAUCAAAGCACAAAAGUUAUCUCGACCUCGUAUUCCGCCAACGAAGCUGAUCUCGGCGCGAAAUACGAAAUGCGUCAGUGUAACGAAUACAUGAAGUUAGGGCUCCAGGGCGUCUCGGUCCUGUACUCCUCGGGCGAUUUCGGCGUUGCCGGAAAUGGGGGGCAGUGUAUUGAUUCCAAAACGGGAGCGUAUAAUAAUGGGUCUUCGGGCGUGUUCAAUCCGAGUUUCCCAGGUACAUGUCCGUAUGUGACGAGUGUAGGCGCGACGCAGAUUCUGAACGGGAGCACCGUGCAUAGUCCCGAGAGCGCGGCGUCGAAGGUUAUCUUCAGCGGUGGCGGAUUCUCGAAUGUUUUCCCGCUUCCGGACUAUCAGAAAACGGCCAUGGAGACGUAUUAUGCGCAGUCUCCGCCGGGAUAUGGGGCGGACCGAUUCAAUAAUUCGAAAUUGGUAAGAGGGUAUCCCGAUGUGAGUGCCAAUGGAAUCAAUUAUGUGACGGCGGUCAAUGGACGCUUUUCGCUCGCGUUCGGAACGAGUGCCAGUUGUCCUGCGUUUGCGAGUAUGCUGAAUUUGGUCAAUGAGGAGAGGAUUGCCGUGGGGAAGAGUAGUGUCGGGUUUGUGAAUCCGGUGCUGUAUGCGAAUCAGCCGGCCAUGAAUGAUAUUACGAAUGGGAGGAAUCCGGGGUGUGGAACGGAUGGGUUUGAGGCGGUGAGUGGGUGGGAUCCGGUGACGGGGUUGGGGACCCCGGAUUAUGCGAAGCUGUUGAAGGUUUUCAUGGCGUUGCCGUAGGGGGUGAUGUGGAUGGGUGGAAUUGAGUACGGGUAUGUUGGGGUUGGUUUGGUCUGGUCUGAUUCCGUUUGGGGGAUUUGGGAGUCUUUAUAUUAUGUUAUUGUAUUAGAGAUACAUAUACUAUGGAAGCUAUGAAUUAACGAAUAUUCUUUUCUACAGGAGUGUGGGGUCUUGUUCUGCGCUGGGAGGUCGUGGGCUGGAUUGAGUAUAUUGAGAUAUUGGUGUUGGGGUUUCUAAUUCUGGAGGAAAGGAGAGAAUGAAUGGAUAGGAAUGAUAAAAAAAAAAAAAAAAAAGGAUGGGCAGGAACGAGAUGGAAAGAAGGCAUUUACUUGAGAGGAAAAUAAAUGGGAAAGCGAGUACGUGAAUCAGAUGUGAAUUUAAAUACGAGCAUCCAAUGAUUCUCUUUCAUAUAUAUCAUGAUCUUAUUAAUAUUAGACAGUUAGUUAACCUAUUGAGAAAUCGAAAGUUGGACA